AUGGCAUAUCAAGACGAUAUGAUUGUGUUCGGAACAACGAAAGAAGCACAUGAUGACAAUAUAAAGAAACUUCUCGAACGAUUCAUGGAGAAAGAUGUGCUCAUCAAACCAUCUAAGUGCAUGUUUGGAACGAGGGAGUUGGAGUUCCUGGGAUUCACCGUCUGUUUCAAAAAAUAUCGACCGGAUCCCAACCGAUGCAAACCUUUGGUGAAUAUCGAAUCCCCGAAAGAUCAAAAUUCAGCGAGGCUGCUCACGAGCUAUUCGACUUCAUUUGUCGUGCAUGAAAAUCGUUAG